CACUCUUUGAGCUUCUUAGUUGCAGGAAUCCAUGCAUGUUUGCUUCCUUGUUUAUUUUUAUUUAUUUUGCUAUACCCAUAACCUUCCCAACCUGUUGACAGCGGCAAGAGAAAUUUCCAUCUGAGACAUUAUCAGUUGGUAUAUUUAUAUCUUUGCUUUCUUGGCGAGUCACUUGUUUCGUUCAAUCGAGAGUUCUGAACAGAACUUUUAUGGCGACUGAAUUACUUGUAUCAGCUACCAUUGAAAUUUUAUUGAAAAAUACAGCCGACGAAAUUAUCAAGGAUAUUUCAUCCAUACGCGGCAUCCACAACGAUGUUCAAAAGUUGAAAAAAAAGUUUCAAAUGAUCAAGAGUCUACUCAUCGAUGCGGAGGAGAAACAGAUAAAAACGCAAGGAGUGAAGGAAUGGCUGGAUGGACUCAACGAUCUGGCUUUUGAAACCGAAGACAUAUCGGAGGAAUAUGUUGCACAUGUUCUUACAAUGGAAUCGCAAGCAAACCAGGUGUGCUGCCUCAUCCCUUGUUGUAGUCCAAAGGUUAUUGUUGCUAAACAUAGGAUAGCAAGACGAAUUGAGGAAAUCAACAAAAAACUAGAUGAGCUUACAAAUAAUGCAAAUGCGCUGGGGUUGGAUAGGAGUAUGCUAAAUGGGCCAAGAAUGGAAAUCAGAAGAGAUACGACUUCGAAUUUCCAGGAGUCUGACUUCUAUGGUCGAGAGACCGACAAGGGCAAUAUUGUCACCCUGUUGACGUCGGAUGGUCCUAUUGAAACAAAUUUUGGAGUGCUUCCCAUAGUUGGUAUGGGUGGCUUAGGUAAAACCACCCUUGCUCAGUCUGUCUAUAAUGAUGUUAGSGUARAARAGCAUUUCGMCGUUAGAGCGUGGGUCURCGUGUCUSAAGAAWUUGACUGUGCUAAAAUAACAAAAGACAUUAUUGAAUCGCUCACCGGGCAACCAUGGAACUAUGGGAGCAAUUACGAACACCGUUAA